AGUCAUCUCAUAAGCCAUAGAAGAACACAUACUGGAGAGAAACCUUACGAAUGUAACCAGUGUGGUAAAGCCUUUGCACGAAACAGUCAUCUCAUAAGCCAUAAAAGAACACACACUGGAGAUAAACCUUAUGAAUGUAAUGAGUGUGGCAAAGCCUUUGCAGAAAACAGUCAUCUCAUAAGCCAUAAAAGAACACACACUGGAGAGAAAUUUUAUGAAUGUGACGAGUGUGGUAAAGCCUUUGCAGAAAACAGUAAUCUCAUACGGCAUAAAAGAACACACAGUGGAGAGAAACCUUAUGAAUGUAACCAGUGUGGUAAAGCCUUUGCACAAAACAGUGCUCUCAUAAGCCAUAAAAGAAUACACACUGGAGAGAAACCUUAUGAAUGUAACCAGUGUGGUAAAGCCUUUGCACAAAACAGUGCUCUCAUAAGACAUAAAAGAACACAUACUGGAGAG